UCUCCUCAUCUUGUUCUCUGUAUGUGUGUCGAACUUCCCGUUUGGCUUUCCUUCUUCUGAUCUUGAAGCGGAGCGCCGCCUCGGAAUCCCCAGAACGCCUCUUGGAUUGUACAACCCCCAGACAUGGACAUGGACAUGGACAUCGAUAUGGACGCUUCUUCUCACAACUGGCUAGCCUUCUCUCUGGCGCAGCAACCCUGCAGCCUCCUCGAAGCCUUCUCCUCCUCCUCCUCCUCCUCCGCCGCCGCGGCUGCUGCUCCGUCUGCGCACCAUGAUGGUGGUGUGGAGGCAGCCGACGAGGAGACCAACGCCGCCACCGAGCUGGUGGCGCUGGCUUCGAUGGGGCCGAAACUAGAGGACUUCCUCGCGGCACCGCUGGGGCGGUACUCCGCCUACGACUCCGAGCUGAAAAGCAUCGCAGCAGCCGGGUACAUACACUCGGAGCAGCCGGUCGCCGCCGCGGCGCCCUCAGCAGAGUCCGCUAGGAAAUCCACGUCGUCCGCGACCGCCGCGGACACCUUCGGCCAGCGCACCUCCAUCUAUCGGGGCGUGACCCGGCACCGCUGGACGGGGCGGUACGAGGCGCACCUGUGGGACAACAGCUGCCGCCGGGAGGGCCAAAGCCGCAAAGGCCGCCAAGUUUAUUUAGGCGGAUACGAUAAGGAGGACAAGGCUGCGAGAGCUUACGAUCUGGCAGCGCUCAAGUAUUGGGGUCCGACCACCACUACCAACUUCCCAAUCUCAAACUACGAGAGGGAAAUGGAGGAGAUGAAGAACAUGACAAGGCAAGAGUUCGUGGCCUCCCUCCGAAGGAAGAGCAGUGGAUUUUCUCGCGGCGCCUCCAUCUACAGAGGAGUCACCAGGCACCAUCAGCACGGGCGGUGGCAGGCGAGGAUAGGCAGAGUGGCCGGCAACAAGGACCUCUAUCUCGGAACAUUUAGCACGCAGGAGGAGGCGGCGGAGGCGUACGACAUCGCGGCGAUCAAGUUCCGCGGCCUCAACGCCGUGACCAACUUCGACAUGAGCCGUUACGACGUCAACAGCAUCGUCAGCAGCAACCUUCCCAUCAGCGGCCUCUCCGGCAAGUCGUCCUCCAAGCCGACUCAAGACUCACCGUCGCCUCCGCCGCAGUCUUCCUCGCCCGAUCAGAGCACGAUGAAGCCGCCACCGGACCACGAGUACUGGUCCCUUCUCGCCUUCCACCCCCACCACCACCCCCACCACAACCCUGGCUUCGGCCUCUUCCCCCCGGCCUUGCCGAUGAUGGACUUCGCAAGCUUGCCAAACCCUAACCCCACCAAGCCCAUCCACCAAGAGGCUGGCAUCGGCCUUGCUUGCUACGACGCGAUCCAACAAUAUCAGCAAGAUCAUCAAUUCGAGAGCAACGCAUACAAUUACGAUCACGCAUCCAGUUACAUGGAGAGUUGGAUCGCCCCACCGCCGUCUUCUUCUUCCAAGCCCACAGCGGCAGCCUUUCCGGCAGCCAUCUUCGGGAUGGAAUGACAUGUUAAUGUUAAUUAGGGUGCGUGUCUGUGUUCAUUUGUCUGUGUCUGUGUUGUAUGUGUAUGUUUGUGCGAGAGAGAAAGAGAGAUGGAGAUGAAGAUGAAGAACUGACAAUAGUUACACAAAGGAAAGGAAGGAAUGAAGGACUGACACAAGAGAAGAGAAAGAGAGGCUUUACUAGCCAAGUAGUAGCUAGCUAACGUGAGAAUUCAAAGUUUGUCAUGCUCAAACUCGACGUUUAUCUUUUCUUUUGCUUUCUUUGUUCCUGUCUUUACUGACAUGAUUCUAUAUAUUGUCAUCUGAUGCAAACAUGCUUUUUGUUGCUUAAUUCCGUCCCUUUGUUUUUGCAUCUUUGUAAUAAUAUAUAGGAAGGAGCUUCUUUUCCCUA